GACCAGUGAAUUCAGUGCCGUUCGACCCGAUGGCCGUCGCGUUUGUCAGGUGUCGUCGUCGUCGUCUUCGUCGUCGCCGUCGUCGCCGCGGCGGUUCACUGGCGGAAGUCCGUCACGACGUUGUUUCCGGUUGUUGACCGACCGGAAAAACAAGGCGGCAUGCGGGAGAACAACAGCGGUACCGACGGCAGCGGCGGAGACGAUCGCACUACGUCGUCGUCGUUCACGGUCAUCGACGACGACGACCAUCACGACCACCGUGGCCGGCGCCGUCACCGCGAACACCAUGGUCACCGCAGUCGUCGCGAACACCACGAUAACCAAGAUCACCGGGACCAGAACCCACGCGACCGGGACUCGCGACACUUUGCCCGGUCCCUGGACUCGAAGCUCAAAAAGCUGCAGCAGCAGCGGCAGGCCGGCAACGGCGUCAAGCACGAGUCCAGAAAACCGGUUUUCGUCACCACAGUGAAAACGGGAAUUUUCCUGGACCCGCCGCCCGACCUGGCCGCCCUGCUCGGUCUCGACGACCGUUCGUCUCAGUCCGGCGUCGACUCGGACCGAUACUACUCGUACUCGAGUAAGCCACGCGUACUUCACGACAGACAACACCAACGGUGCACCGUCUCCCACUCAUCCCGGAAAACCAACAGGCAACCCGAUAUGUGCAAACAAAUGGGUUACACAAACAUCAUGCACGACAAACGGGUGAUCAGAGGCAGUAAUUUUGCGAAAAAAUCAUUCCGUCCAAAGUGGAACCCAUAUUUUGGGUAUGCUAAACUGUUGUCGUCGGAGUUGGGCAAAGAGUCACCAGCGGCGCGGGAAGCGGAAGCUCGUCGACUGGCUAUGGCCAGGAAAAAAGCCAUAGACUAUCAGACCAGGGCAUUGCGAUUUCACCUGGGAGCGCCAAAACUUCCCAGAGGCCGACAGAAUGUGGACAUCCAAACCGAUGUACAUCUAGAAGAACUGUACGAUUAUCCAGUAUCGCAGACGUUUGGGGCGCAGACUGAAUUCGAUCAAGAACUGUUCUCGAACACUGGAACUGGGAUGUCUGCCGGCACAGACGCGUCUACCCAGGUAGACGACAAAGACUUAUUCGACUUCGACACCGAGGUGACGCCCAUAGCGGAAGCUCUGAUCGCAGACGUGUUCAGGCAAGCCAUGCGAGAAGUGCUGUACGAAGACGAGCUGGAAACGAGAGCCCGGCAACAAAGAGCGCUGUGCAUGCGGCGCACCGUUGAGGAGAUCGAAAAGCAAAGACUGCAGUACCAAGACGAAAGGCUGAAUAAAGUUAUCGCUGAACACGCUCAAAUGUUUGAUGAAGGCGAGAGAAACGAAAAAGAACGAAUCUCCUCGAUGUUGACUUCGGGCCGUGUGACUGAUUUAUUGCCUAAAGUACUUGACGAUUUGAGUAAAACAGGACUCACUACAAAUACGACUGCUAAUAAAUUAGAAAGUCCGGAAUUCGUGGAAUGGCUGACUGAAGAACUACAAGCUGAUAAAACGAAACACGAAGAAAGCGAUGACAUUUUGAAAAAUAUGAUCCAUGAUCUAGUUAGGCGUCGUCUGGAUUCAUACAACGAAACUACAGACGUGAAGGAUAUUGAACGACCCGAAGAACUAUUCAAAGAAAUUGAAUCAAUAACAUUAGAAUCCGAUAAAAAAAUUGAAUCGAUAACAUUAGAAUCCGACAAAAAAAUUGAAUCAGCUAGCCCAACAACAGCUGCUGAGGAUAGCUAAAGAUUAGUUUAGAGCGAUUCGUGAAGAAGAAAAAGAAAGUUUCUAUGUGUUUUUCCCACUUCAUCUGGCACGAAAUAUAUUUUUACAGAUAUCGAUACCUAGGUGUUAAACAACAGAUGUCUACGUACAAAAAUAAACAAUUUAAUAAAAUCGUACAUAGAAACAAAAUUAAACAUUACAAUAGAGGUAUGCUCUAUGAGACAGUGAAGCACUGAAAGUUCAGAUACACUCUGUUAACCCAUAAACAUCUACUUACCAAUUUGUUCGGAGUUACAAGUAAAGACUUCCUCGUUGUUAGUAUAAUCAUCAUAAAUCUUAAUUCGCAAAGUCAGGCGAGAUAAUAGUUUCGACAUCAUAAAAUCUGAUUAUCAUGUAGACUUACUCGAAUCCUAGGAAAAAAAUAUUUUUUUAACAGUCUUAAUAAUAUUCUAAAAAGAUGAUAAUAUGUAAACACCAAAACUACCAAUAAAAAUACUAUAUUUUUCUUCGUGGCAGUUUAUAAUUGUUUCAAUUAUAAUAUAAAUAAUAAAAUAGUUUCCAAAUCGGUUUUUCUCUCGCCCUGAUUGAAAAUUAAAGUAAUACCCAAGUAAAAAAAACCACCGACAACUUUCAGUGUAUAGUCGUAUGUAACAUCCAUACCUAUUAGCUAGGUAGCAAAAAUAUUUUGAAUCAAAUGAGAAGUGGAUGAAACUUAGCUGUAAAUAUUUUUGAAUAUUACAUUAUAUUCGUUGUUGUAUAGUUUUAGAAACAAAAAAACGUACCUACUAUUAAUAGAUGAACACCGAGACGAUGAGCUUCAAUCAAAAAUGAUAAGUCGUAUCGUUAUCUAUAAUAGAUUGGAAAA